ACAUAAAUUUAGUAUUGAACACACUCCUCUGUGGAUAUCAUCGGUGUGUGGGAUGACGUGUGUCAAACUCAAUAAUCUACUGCUGCUCAAAGUAAUUCGAUUAACAAGAAUAAUUAAGAUUUUUGCAAUCGAAGUAACGAAAAUGUUGUCGUCGGGAUCGACAGUGAGUGUUGGUGCGCUGAAUUCCUAUGGGAAUUCGGGAAUUGAUGUUGGUGUGGAAUAUGCUGGAGAUCCAGCCAGCGGAGGCUUUUUCCAUGCUGACUAUAAGAAGCACGACGAUCUAAAGCAAAUGUUAGACGGUAAUAAAGACAGUUUAAAGUUGGAGGCCAUGAAACGAAUCAUUGGUAUGGUAGCCAAGGGACGUGAUGCGUCUGAUCUAUUUCCAGCUGUUGUCAAGAAUGUUGUUUCCAAGAAUAUUGAGGUCAAGAAACUAGUGUACGUCUACCUAGUACGAUAUGCUGAAGAGCAACAGGAUCUGGCUCUUUUAUCUAUAUCGACAUUUCAACGAGCCUUGAAGGACCCGAAUCAGUUGAUACGGGCUGGAGCGUUGCGAGUGCUAUCAAGCAUACGAGUUUCAAUGAUUGUACCGAUCGUAAUGCUAGCGAUCCGCGAUUCAGCAUCCGACAUGAGUCCGUACGUUCGAAAGACUGCAGCGCACGCUAUACCCAAGCUGUUCAGUUUAGAUGCCGAACAGAAGGACGAACUAAUUUCUGUCAUCGAGAAAUUGCUCUCAGACCGCAGCACAUUGGUUGUCGGAUCGGCCGUGAUGGCAUUUGAAGAAGUGUGUCCGGAACGAGUGGAUCUGAUCCAUAAAAACUAUCGAAAACUGUGCAAUUUAUUGGUGGACGUUGAUGAAUGGGGUCAAAUUAUCAUCAUAAAUAUGCUGACGCGAUACGCCCGCACCCAGUUUACCGAUCCGAAUAUAGACUACCUCGAGGAAGAAGAGCAAAAUAAACCAUUCUACGACGAAACAUCGUCCGAAUCGGACAAUUCAACAUCAAAAUCGUCCAAAUCGCCGAAGAAGUCGUCUUACACACUUGACUCGGAUCAUCGUUUAUUGCUGCGGCAGACGAAGCCUUUGUUGCAGAGUCGCAACGCAUCGGUCGUUAUGACUGUUGCACAACUGUACCAUCAUAUUGCACCCAGAACAGAAGUAGAUGUGGUCGCAAAGGCACUAAUCCGUUUGUUGCGAAGCUACAAGGAAGUGCAAAGUGUCGUAUUGACUUGCAUUGCCUCGAUGUCUACCCAACGAAAGUCAAUUUUCGAGCCUUAUUUGAAAUCUUUCUUUGUGCGAACCAGCGAUCCAACGCACAUUAAAUUGCUGAAAUUGGAUAUUUUGACCAAUUUGGCAACGGAGACCAGCAUUUCGAUCAUUUUGAGGGAAUUUCAAACGUACAUUAGCAGCAGUGACAAGGAAUUCGUUGCUGCAACUAUACAGGCAAUUGGACGAUGUGCUGGAUCCAUCAAGGAGGUUACUGAGACAUGUUUGAGUGGAUUGGUACACCUAUUAUCCAAUCGUGAUGAAUAUGUCGUUGCUGAGAGUGUUGUUGUCAUCAAGAAAUUGUUACAAACUCAAGCUGCCGAUCACUUCGAAAUCAUCUCUCAAAUGGCGAAACUCUUGGACUUUAUAGCAGUCCCUGCUGCUCGAGCGUCUAUUUUGUGGUUGAUCGGUGAAUACAACGAAAAAGUUCCGAAAAUCGCACCGGAUGUCCUUCGUAAAUUGGCUAAAACAUUCACUGACGAGGAGGACAUUGUGAAAUUGCAAGUGUUGAACCUGGCGGUCAAGUUGUACCUCACUAAUGCUAUCCAAACUGAACUGCUGUGUCAGUACAUCUUCAAUUUGGCACGUUACGAUCAGAACUAUGACAUUCGCGACCGUGCACGCUUUCUGAAACAAUUCAUUUUUCCGGCUAGUGGACAACCGACAAUCCUGUCUCGGAAUGCUAAAAAAAUAUUUUUGGCUACAAAACCAGCACCGUUGUUGGAAAGUAAAUACCAGGGGCGUGAACAAUAUCAACUGGGAUCGUUGUCGCACUAUUUGAAUAUGAAGGCGAAUGGUUACAAUGACAUCCCGCUAUUUCCGGAAGUGGCACCCGACUCAUCGGUCAGAAAUGUUGAAUCUCCCGUUGAAGCACCGGCAGUUGAUGAGCCUGUACGCAUGACCAGCAAACAGUCGAAAGCAGCAGCUAAAGCUAAGUCAAAAUCAUUCUACUCGGAGAGUGAAAAGAGCUCGUCGGAGUAUAGCAGUGAUUCGGACGCAAGUGAUAGCGAGAGUGAGUCGACUGGCGAGAAUGGAACGCAUGAUAAACAUGAAGCAUCUACCAGAGGGAAAAAGAGUUCGUCCGAGGAAACGGAGGAUAGUGACAGUGACAGCAGUGACUCAGAUGAUUCUUCCAGCAGCGAAUCAGAUAGCGAUGACGACGAUGCUUCCUCAUCAGAUGGUGAAAAUGUUAAGAAAAUAACAAACCAUGCACCAAAAUCGCAAACCAUCCAAGGAAACGGUGCAAAGCCUGAGAAAAGUAAUUUAGAUUUACUGCUGGAUCUGAGCGAUAUAACACCGGCUGGUCCAGUUAUGACCCCGUCACUUGGUGGAUUUUUGACACCAAUGACACAAAACACUUCCACUCCAUCGAAAAGGAUCGAGCUGGUCGGUCCGAAUCACAUACCUGUAAACAGCACCGAACUGAUUAACAAAGUGAAUGGUUAUGGCCUUGGAGUUACGCAUAGAUUCACGCGUGCUCCGCAUCUAUUUUCGUCUACAAUGGUUUCCAUCGAGCUUCUUUUUACAAAUCAUUCAAACGAUGUCAUCGAAGAUAUUAAAAUCGGCGAGAAGACACUGUCUCCUGGCAUGCAAUUGAAUGAAUUCGCUGCAAUAUCGGCCCUACCACCGAGGGCAACGGUACAAGGAACAUUGGGCAUUGACUUUAACGACUCGAGUCAACCGGUUUCGUUUGAUAUCGUCACCAAAACCAACUCAUGCCGCGCUACCAUCAAAACAACAGUUGGCGAAUUCAUUCGAGCCGUUCUAAUAAACGAAAUGGUCUACAAUGAGGAACGGUGCAAAUUGCGCGGUAUGAACGAGCAUUCGGCCUCGAUUCCAUUGAAUACAACGAUAUCCGAUGUGCGUCUGCUGCAGCAACGCAUUUACGAAUGUGCCAACGUUGCCAGUGUUCCGUCGUCGCUGCAGAACACUUUGCGUUUCGCCGGUCAAACGUUGUCGUCGCAGAGUUUAGUGCUGGUUACGGUUGAGAUUGGCGACGAAAAGGCCACGGUUAUGAUCAAUUGCGAGAGAAUGGUUGUCGGUUCGAUGUUGCUGAAUGAAAUUAAGGCUGCAUUACGGAAUUAAGUUUCCUGUUUAGACUUUAUUGCAUUUACGCUGAAACAUUUUACUCGAUGCUACAUUUACACUAGCUAACUAUUUUGUCAAACAAUAAUUUUUUUGUAUAAAACAUAUUUUACUCUAUAAAGCAAUCUAUUCGUGAUGUCACAGUUAA